AUGUCCAGGCCAAGUAGCGCGGACGAUUCGGAAAAAACCCGCAAGGGUUCCAAGGGCUGGUUCACCAAGAAGGAGUCUACCCCACCUCAGACACCAGAACUGAAGGAAAAGCCAGACGACGAUGCGGCCGACUCCAAGACAGAGGUCAAGCCAGCAGAGCCUGAAAUACCGCCCAUCACCUUCUUCCAGCUCUUCCGGUUCUCGACCAAGUUUGAAAUCUUCAUAGAUAUUAUCGGUCUCAUCGCAUCCGCAGCGGCGGGCGCUGCACAGCCAUUAAUGUCAUUGCUGUUCGGCAAUCUGACACAAGAAUUCGUCAUUUUCGGUAACGUUGCACUAGAGGCACAGCAGGGGAAUCAGACGGCCAUUGCAGGACUUCCUGCUGCCGCUGAAAGUUUCAAGCGUGCAGCCGCCAACAAUGCGAGCUACCUGGUCUAUAUCGGUAUCGGCAUGUUCGUGUGCACUUACACUUACAUGUACAUUUGGGUCUACACCGGCGAGGUCAAUGCUCGAAGGAUUCGUGAGAAGUACCUGCAAGCUAUCCUUCGCCAGGACAUCGCCUUCUUCGACAACGUCGGAGCGGGAGAAGUAGCGACUCGCAUUCAAACGGAUACCCAUCUUGUCCAGCAAGGUAUCUCUGAGAAAGUCGCGUUGGUCGUUAACUUCUUGGGAGCAUUCUUCUGCGGUUUCAUUCUCGCCUACGCUCGAUCAUGGCGACUGGCCCUUGCUAUGUCUGCCAUGCUGCCGUGUAUCGCUAUCGCCGGUGGUGUGAUGAACAAGUUUGUCUCAAAGUACAUGCAACUGUCACUCAAGCAUGUUGCUAAUGGAGGAACUAUGGCCGAGGAAGUUAUCUCAACCAUUAGAACUGCUCAAGCCUUCGGAACUCAGAAGAUCCUUUCCGAUUUGUACAAUGUCCACGUCGACCAGUCCCUUAAUGUUGAUAUGAAGGCCGCUGUUUGGCACGGUGGAGGAUUGGCUGUGUUCUUUUUCGUAAUUUACUCCGGAUAUGCUCUGGCUUUCUGGUUUGGUACCAAGCUCAUCAUCGCCGGUCAUGCUGAUGCCGCAAAGGUCAUCAACGUCAUCUUCGCCAUCUUGAUUGGUUCCUUCUCACUUGCGAUGUUGGCGCCGGAGAUGCAAGCCAUCACUCAUGGUAUCGGAGCUGCCGCCAAAUUGUACCACACCAUUGACCGUGUCCCCGACAUCGAUUCUGCCAAUCCUGGUGGUCUCAAGCCCGAGUCCGUGAAGGGUGAAAUCACUUUGGAGAAUGUCAACUUCAGCUAUCCUUCCCGUCCUUCCGUCCAGGUCACCAAGGACCUCACCCUCACUUUUAAGGCCGGAAAGACCGCCGCGUUGGUCGGCGCCUCUGGAUCCGGAAAGUCGACGAUCGUGUCGUUGGUGGAGCGAUUCUACGACCCCACAUCCGGUGUUGUCAAACUUGACGGUAUCGAUCUCAAAGACCUCAACCUCAAGUGGCUCCGUUCCCAAAUCGGACUCGUCUCUCAGGAACCUACCCUCUUCGCCACGACCAUCAAGGAGAACGUCGCACAUGGUCUUAUCAACACCCCUCAUGAACACAAGUCUGAUGAGGAGAAGAUGGCGCUUAUCAAGGAGGCUUGCAUCAAGGCCAAUGCGGAUGGAUUUAUCAGCAAGUUGCCGAACGGAUACGACACUAUGGUCGGAGAGCGUGGAUUCUUGCUUUCCGGUGGACAGAAGCAGCGUAUUGCCAUUGCCCGAGCCAUCGUUUCCGACCCUAGCAUCUUGUUGUUGGAUGAGGCUACUAGCGCACUCGAUACCCAGUCUGAAGGAAUCGUCCAGGAUGCCCUCGACAAGGCUGCAGCCGGCCGUACCACCAUCACCAUUGCCCAUCGUUUGUCUACCAUUAAGGAUGCCGAUGUCAUUUAUGUCAUGGGUGAUGGACGAGUUCUCGAAUCCGGCACGCACAACGAACUCUUGGCUCUCGAUGGUGCCUACGCUCGUUUGGUCCAGGCUCAGAAGUUGAGAGAAUCAUCCGGUCCCAGCGAAGAUGCUCCCGAAGGCUCUGAACCCGAUGGCGACGAAACCGAUAUGGAGAAGGCCGCUCGGGAGGAAAUGCCCCUUGGUCGCCGCAACACUGGUCGUUCCAUUGCUAGCGAAAUCAUGGAGAAGCGCAACCAGGAGCGGGCCGAGAAGGAGAAGAAGGACGACCACGGCUUGUUCUAUCUCUUCAAGCGCAUGGGUCUGCUUGUCCGCGACCAGUGGAAGAAGUAUUGCUUUGCUUCCCUCUCCGCCAUCAUCGUCGGUAUGGUCUACCCCGCAUAUGGUAUCGUUUUCGCCAAGGGUAUCGAAGGUUUCUCUUUGACCAACGACGACGACAUCAUGCGAGCUGGCGAGCGGAACGGUCUCUGGUUCUUCAUCAUCGCUAUCAUCUCGACCAUCGCCAUUUGCGGUUCCAACUACCUCUUCUCUGCUUGCGCCGCCGCUUUGACCGCUCGCCUCCGAAGCCUCAGCUUCAAGGCUAUUCUGCGACAAGACAUCGAAUACUUUGACAAGGAUGAGAACAGUACUGGAAGCCUCACCGCUAAACUCAGUGACAAUCCCCAGAAGGUCAACGGUCUCGCUGGUGUCACUCUCGGUGCCAUUGUCCAGGCAAUCUCGACUCUCAUCACUGGUGCAGUCCUUGGUCUCGUUUUCAGCUGGAAGAUCGCUUUGGUUGGAAUUGCUUGCAUCCCCGUCCUGGUCUCUCCCGGCUACAUCCGUCUCCGUGUCGUCGUCCUCAAGGACCAGGCCAACAAGAAGGCCCACGAAGAAUCUGCCCAACUCGCCUGCGAAGCUGCUGGUUCCAUUCGCACCGUCGCGGCCCUCACCCGUGAAGAUGAUUGCUUGCGCCUCUACAGCGAGUCUCUCGAGAAGCCCUUGCGAAAGUCCAACCGCACUUCCAUCUGGAGUCAGGGUCUCUACUCCAUCUCUCAGUGCACCGUCUUCUUCGUCAUUGCCCUCGUCUUCUGGUUCGGUUCACGACAGGUUGCCAGCGGGCAAGCUUCAACAUUCCAGUUCUUCGUUGGUCUCAUGGCCACCACCUUCGGUGCCAUGCAAGCCGGAAACGUGUUCUCCUUCGUGCCCGAUGUUUCCUCCGCCAAGGGUGCAGGAUCCGACAUCAUCAAGCUCUUGGACUCUAUCCCAGAUAUCGACGCAGAGUCUGAAGCUGGCAAGAAGGUCAACCCUGAGAACGUCAAGGGACACCUUCGCUUCGAGAACGUGCACUUUAGGUACCCCACUCGCCCCGGUGUCCGCGUCUUGCGCGAUUUCUCGUUCGAGGUGCAACCUGGUACCUAUAUCGCCUUGGUCGGAGCUAGUGGAUCUGGCAAGAGUACUGUCAUCCAACUGAUUGAACGGUUCUACGACCCGCUCGCUGGAGAGAUUUAUCUCGACGGUGAAAAGAUUACGGACCUUAACGUGCAGGAGUACCGCAAGCAGAUCGCGCUCGUGUCUCAGGAGCCUACCCUCUACGCUGGUACCGUUCGUUUCAACAUCCUGUUGGGUGCCAUCAAGCCGGAAUCCGAGGUUACCCAGGAAGAGAUUGAACAAGCCUGCCGUGACGCCAAUAUUCUCGAUUUCAUUAAGAGCUUGCCUCAAGGCUUUGAUACUGAAGUCGGAGGCAAGGGAUCCCAACUCUCCGGUGGCCAGAAACAACGCAUUGCCAUCGCUCGUGCCCUGCUUCGCAAUCCCAAGGUCCUCCUUCUAGACGAGGCCACCUCUGCAUUGGAUUCCAACUCUGAGAAGGUUGUGCAAGCCGCGCUUGACCAAGCUUCUCGUGGACGAACGACGAUUGCUAUUGCCCAUAGAUUAUCCACCAUCCAAAACGCCGAUUGCAUUUACUUUGUCAAAGAAGGCCGUGUCAGCGAAUCUGGCACUCAUGACCAACUCAUCGCUAAACGAGGAGACUACUACGAAUAUGUCCAGCUUCAAGCACUCAGCACGAACGAUUAGACCGCUUCUUGACUCGUUUUGUACAAGCAUCGAAAAAGGGAAUAUCUUUAUCAUCGUUUCGACCUUCGCCCCAUUGCAACCUGUUGGUUAUAUUUUCCGCCAUGCAUAUAAUGAUCUAGUUAAAGUAUUGUCGGACCCAUCUCUCGUUCGUUUUUUCUUGUCUAUUUACAUAUAUCAUCAUUACUAGUCACGCUCUCGUGCUUGCAUACCCAUUUGCUUAAUCAUGAACAUCGUUGUUAAUAAAAGGAUUAGACGAAA